AGCGGGCGGCUUGCUCCGAGCUCCGGUGCCGAGGCGCGAUGAGGGGUUCCCGCAGUCCUCCCGCGGCGGCGUGGCCUGCGGGGGGGGAAUCUGGCGAUGCGAGAUCGCCGUCCUCGGCGGCAGGUACUUCCAAGCCGCAGGCUCAAUGGCACCAUAGAAUUACCUCCCCGAUUAGUCUGGCUCUUCCAAAGGAUAUAGAUCGCAUUCAUACUCAGAUGCUGAUUGAAACAAUGAAGCCAUUUGGUGUGUUUGAGGAUGAGGAAGAGCUGAAUCACAGGAUGGUUGUUCUUCGUAAACUGAAUAACUUGGCCAAACAAUGGAUUUCAGAACUUGCUCAGAGCAAGAAUCUUCCCCCUUCAGAAAUAGCGAAUGUUGGUGGCAAAAUACUUACAUUUGGUUCUUACCGGCUUGGAGUACACACUAAAGGUGCUGACAUAGAUGCAGUUUGUGUUGCUCCUAGACAUGUGGAAAGAUCGGAUUUUUUUCAGUCAUUCUUUGAAAAACUGAAACAUCAGAAGGAAAUAAAAAAUCUGAGAGCAGUUGAAGAUGCAUAUGUACCAGUUAUCAAAUUUGAGUUUGAUGGAAUUGAGAUUGAUCUUCUCUUUGCAAGACUGUCUGUGGCAACUGUUUCUGACAAUCUUGAUCUCAGAGAUGACUCGCAUCUGCAAAGCCUGGAUAUAAGAUGUGUACGUAGUUUGAACGGCUGCAGAGUUACUGACCAAAUACUGCGUCUGGUGCCAAAUCUAGAGAGCUUCUGUCUUGCACUCCGUGCAAUUAAACUGUGGGCGAAACGCCGUGGCAUUUACUCAAAUAUGCUGGGAUUUCUUGGUGGAGUUUCCUGGGCGAUACUAGUAGCAAAGACUUGUCAGCUCUAUCCAACUGCUUUGGCUUCUACUCUUGUUAACAAGUUCUUCUUGGUUUUUUCAAAAUGGGAAUGGCCAAAUCCUGUAUUGCUGAAACAACCUGAAGAAAACAACCUUAAUUUGCCAGUAUGGGACCCAAGGGUGAACCCAGCAGACCGGUAUCAUGUCAUGCCUAUCAUCACUCCUGCCUAUCCACAGCAGAAUUCCACAUACAAUGUGUCUCCAUCAACACGGGCGAUAAUAGUAGAGGAAUUCAAACGUGGUCUUGCAAUUACAAAUGAGAUUCUCCAAGGGAAAUCGGACUGGUCAAAACUCUUUGAACCCCUGAACUUCUUUCAGAAAUACAAACAUUACAUUGUGCUGACUGCUAGUGCUUCUACGGAGGACCAUCACUUAGAAUGGAUUGGCCUUGUUGAAUCUAAAAUUCGUGUCCUGGUUGGAAAUUUGGAGAGGAAUGAAUUUAUAAAUAUGGUACAUGUGAAGCCACAAUCUUUCCCUGGCAACCAAGAACUCUGUAAACGGGAUGAACAUGUGUCAAUGUGGUUUCUUGGAAUUGAAUUUAAGAAAGUGGAAAAUACAGAAAGUAUUAACGUUGAUUUAACUUCUGUUGUACAGUCAUUCACAAGUACAGUUUACAGGCAGGCUAUCAACCUCAAUGUGCUAAAAGAAGGAAUGAAGAUAGAGGCAGCUCAUGUGAAGAGGAAGCAUCUCCACUACUUUUUGCCAGCUGAAGCCAUUCAGAAAAAAAAGAAGCAAAGUAUGCCAGAUAUUGGUAAAAAUGCCUGUGAGCGUCAGUGCAAGAGGAUUUCUGCAGAUGGAAACUGUUCGGGCAGUUCCAGAGACACGGACUCCAGAACUCCAUAUCAUUCCUCUGUAUUACAUGAGAUAACUAAAAUGGACACCUACCCAACUGAGACUAAAAGAGCCACUGUCUAUCAGAAAUCCAAUACUACUAACAACAGAGAGAAGAUACCUCUUGGAGCUGUGCCAUCAACAUCCAUGAGAAUCUCUAUGCCUGUUACCGACUCAAAAAUAGAGACUACACUCGGAAGACCGACAUCAGCACCUAUAACUGGUUUCACCAUUUCAGAACAUAACACAGUUCCUAGAGUAUUACCACAUUUUGACCAAGGGCAGCCUGAAUUAGCUCGGACUGCAGUUACAGACCUGAAGACUACUGCCUCUAAACGACCUUAUUCACCCUCUUCAACCGGAGAUGAACGACCCAAAAAAAUAACUGAUGGAGAAAAGCGAACUGGACAGGACUCAGCAUUCAAAGAUUGUGGCAACCCAGAAGACGUCAUGAGAGCUACAGGAAAUGUAAUUUUCAAAUGAAAAGCCGUGCUUGCUCCAGGCAUCAGGACAGCAAGAUCACAGGUAUUAUAUAUUGUGUCUGUGUAUGCGUAGAGGCUAUCCAGUAAAGAACUACCAGAUUCUUCAUCUCCUGUUCCAACAAAUAGCAUUCGUAUUAUUAAAAGAUCCAUCAAACUUACCCUUAAUGGGUAGCUGGUUUCUCUUCAGGUGAAGAUGGAAAGCACUUUAGAGAUCCGUAUUAUCAACAUGUAUUGUAGUUACAAACAAGAAUAUGGAAGGUCACUCUUGCCAUAUGCAACUGGCCAGUUAAAAUCAUGCUCUUGUUUUAUAGCAUUGUUCAAUGCUUUGAUGUACUCUUUGCACAUUCUUGUAACAGUUUAUACUUCCUAGUCUUUUUUAAAGUCUUAAUUGUCACUAGCUGAAACAGCUUUGGAGAAAGCCACAAAAGUGACCUGUCCUGUGACUUGGGAUUCAGAAUGCAUGUAAAUAGGGUUGGUUAACUAGUCACUGCAACCACAUUCUGAGUUCAAGUGUAUGAAUGUGCUUGUAUUUAUCUGUGCUUUCCUAGUUCAUGUGCAUCCAUUGUUCUUAUCUUAAAUUAUUUUCCCAUUUAACACGUUCCCUCCUGCGCAUCUGUCACAAUGGUGCUCAGCUUCCUCAAGUGGUAGCUUUCCACUGUCUAGCACAGCCGUGCACUACACAAGUACUGCCUCCCAUGGAGGCCCAUAAGUAACUCAAAUACUGGAGGAAAUGCAGCAGAGGAUGGUACCCAGGUAUAGAGUUGAUGGACGUGUCUCAAGCCAUGUUAUCUGAUUUUUGUCUUUAAGACUGCUCCAGCAUGAAACUUGAUGGGUCUUUUUAUUGUCAAUGGGUAGUAAAGCUAAAGUUGGAACACACAGCUGAAGAUGCACAGCUGAGGCUGGUGUGACACUACUACCUACCUGCCAGCUGCAGUCUUGAAAGCACAUGGCAUGCAGAAAGUGGCUUCAGAUAAACCCUAAAAGCUGUUCUGAAUGGGUACAUGAAAACUUGUAGUAGUCUGGUUCUGUAAUCUGCUAACACUGCUUACCCAGUUAGUGCAUCAGGGUUUUUGAGGGGUGGGGAGAAAUUCUGAUCAUAAGAAACAAACGUUAUGCUAUCUCUCUUGCAAGUUCUUUGUAAUUUGGUGCUUUUGUAGAUGAAAUUGUAUGUUUUUUCCAGAGUAUUUUUGUAUAUGCUGUAAAAUAAUAUCUUUCAAAGAGAAAUUUAAAA